GGGGGUGGGGGGGGGGUCAGACGAGUAAGAUACCUUGGUAGAAAUGUGAGCCUUCACCCAGACCAGUGUGUGUUUUCAUCUGGGAAGACUGACAGUGUUUCAUCCAGCGAAGAAUCAUGGUUAGUCGAGUGGAGCAUCCAGCUGGAGGCUAUAAGAAGAUCUUUGAGACGUGUGAAGAACUAAAUGAACCGAUCCCUGCCGUGGUCACUGGUGUGAUCCCCUCCUGGCUGGGGGGCAGUCUGCUCCGUCUAGGCCCGGGCCUGUUUGAGGUGGGAGACCAGCCCUUCUACCACCUAUUUGACGGACAGGCCCUCAUGCACAAGUUUGACCUGAAGAAUGGUCACGUGACCUACUACAGGAAGUUUUUGAAAACGGACGCGUACGUGCGCGCCAUGACGGAGAAGAGGGUCGUGAUCACAGAGUUUGGGACAGCGGCCUAUCCAGACCCCUGCAAGAACAUCUUCUCCAGGUUCUUCACAUACUUCCAGGGCAUCGAGGUGACAGAUAACUGUCUUGUGAACGUGUAUCCGGUCGGAGAGGACUUCUACGCCUGCACUGAGACCAACUACAUCACCAAGGUUGACCCUGAUACCCUGGAGACCCUGAAGAGGGUGGACCUGUGUGACUACGUGUCCGUGAACGGGGUGACCGCCCACCCUCACAUCGAGAGCGACGGGACCGUCUACAACAUCGGGAACUGCUUCGGGAAGAACAUGAGCCUGGCCUACAACAUCAUCAAAAUCCCUCCGGCUCCCAUAGACGGGUCGGAUCCAAUAGAGAAGUCCCAGGUGAUGGUUCAAAUCCCCAGCAGUGAGAGGUUCAAGCCCUCCUACGUGCACAGUUUUGGCAUGACAGAGAAGCACUUUGUGUUUGUGGAGACAGCUGUGAGGAUCAACCUGCUCAAGUUCCUAACGGCCUGGAGCAUCAGAGGAACCAACUACAUGGACUGCUUCGAGGUGAACGAGACCAUGGGGACCUGGUUCCACCUGGCCUCGAAGGAACCAGCAGAGUACAACCCUGUGAAGUUCAGAACCUCAACCUUCAACAUGUUCCACCACAUCAACAGCUACGAGGAGCAGGGCUGCAUAGUGGUCGACCUGUGCACAUGGAAAGGGCACGAGUUUGUGUAUAACUACCUGUACCUGGCCAACCUGCGUAACGACUGGGAGGAAGUGAAGAAGGCGGCCAUGAGAGCCCCUCAGCCCGAGGUCCGACGCUACGUCCUGCCUCUGGACAUCCACAAGGAGGAGCAGGGGAUGAACCUGGUCUCUUUGCCCGACACCACCGCCACGGCUGUUCUCCGCCGUGACGGAACCGUGUGGCUAGAACCUGAGAUUCUGUUUUCUGGGCCUCGUCAGGCUUUUGAGUUCCCUCAGAUCAACUACAGUCGCUGCAGCGGGAAAAAAUACAGCUACGCUUACGGACUGGGACUAAACCACUUCAUACCAGACAGGAUCUGUAAGCUGAACGUGGUUACCAAGGAGACAUGGGUGUGGCAGGAAGCUGACUCGUACCCCUCCGAGCCGCUUUUCGUCCAAACGCCAGACGCAACCGAGGAAGAUGACGGGGUGCUGCUGAGUAUCGUUGUGAAGCCCGGCGCGGCCGAGAGGCCUGGCUUCCUGCUCAUCCUCAACGCCGGGGACCUGACAGAGGUGGCCCGUGCUGAGGUCGACACUAUCAUCCCUGUUACCUUUCACGGCAUGUACAAACCCUAGAAGUUCCCCUGGUGUUAGCCUCCAGACAUGCUAACCCUCGAGUUCCCCCUGGUGUUAGCCUCCUUCAGACAUGCUAACCCUAGAGUUCCCCUGGUGUUAGCCUCCUCCAGACAUGCUAACCCUAGAGUUCCCCCUGGUGUUAGCCUCCUCCAGACAUGCUAACCCUAGAGUUCCCCCUGGUGUUAGCCUCCUCCAGACAUGCUAACCCUAGAGUUCCCCUGGUGUUAGCCUCCUCCAGACAUGCUAACCCUAGAGUUCCCCCUGGUGUUAGCCUCCAGACAUGCUUACCCUAGAGUUCCCCCUGGUGUUAGCCUCCUCCAGACAUGCUAACCCUCGAGUUCCCCCUGGUGUUAGCCUCCUCCAGACAUGCUAACCCUAGAGUUCCCCCUGGUGUUAGCCUCCAGACAUGCUAACCCUAGAGAUCCCCUUGGGGUUAGCCUCCAGACAUGUUAACACUACAGCUUUCAAUACACUAAUCUGAAAUAAGAGUCGUUUUACAGUCCUGUAAAUCAAUUACAGAAAUUCUUUACAAAUAACAAAUGUUAUUCCAUAACUUUUUUACAAAUAAAAACCAAGUUGUUGCAUU